AUGUCGUCGCUAUUGGAUGCGGAGCGCCGUAAGAGCUCUGUUCCUUCAAGGGAGUUGGCUUACAUUCUACACCAGAGCAAAAGCAACGUGGAGAAGCUCGAAAGACUGGAGCACCUCCUCGUCCAAGACCCCGUGUUCAACCAUGAAAAGAUGAACUACCUCACUCGCGGUGAACAGUACAAGCGCGCUACGCAGAUGGCUGGACGAGCUGAGAUCAUUGCCCACCACAACCAUCUCAGCGAAGAAGACACUGCGUUACUCCAUGUGAUUCUGCAGGGCUUCACGGGUUGUCCGUCUUCAACUGCUCUCCACACAGGAAUGUUCAUCAAGAACCUGGGACUGCUAUUUACGGAUGAACAGCAGACGAGUUGGAUGGAGAUGGCCAAGCAGUGGCGCAUGGUCGGAUGCUACGCUCAGACGGAGCUCGGACACGGCUCCAACGUGCGUGGACUUGAAACGACGGCCACGUACAUCCCUGAUACCGACGAGUUUGAGAUCCACUCACCCACCUUGACGUCCAUGAAGUGGUGGCCCGGUGCGUUGGCCCGUACCGCCAAUUUCGGAGUGGUGUAUGCACGACUGCUGCUAGGUGGCAAGGACUACGGCGUGCACAACUUCAUGGUGCAGCUACGUGACCUGGAGACGCACGACGUGAUGCCUGGUGUGACUUUGGGUGACAUCGGUCCGAAGAUCGGGUUCAAUAAUGUCGACAACGGGUACUGCACGUUCAGCCGUGUGCACAUUCCACGCUCGAAUAUGGGCAUGCGGGUUGCACAAGUGACUCGUGAGGGCAAAUACGUGAAGAACUCGGAUGUACCUCAGAAGGUUUUGUACUUUACCAUGCUACAGACCCGCAUGUCGUAUGUCCGCUCAAGUGGAUUGGCAUUGGCCAGAGCUUGCACAAUCACCAUUCGCUACUCAGGCGUUCGUCGUCAGGGUUACGAUGCCAACAAUCCGAAUUCAAACGAAGAACUGAGCGUGCUGGACUAUCAAACGCAGCAAUACCGGUUGUUCCCGUUGCUCGCUGCGGCGUACGCCAUCACAUUGACAGGAAACCAAAUGGAUGCGUUUUCGCUGCAACUGGCUGAUCAAAUCAAGCACGGCGACCCGAGCAUGUUAGUGGUUGGCCACGCAAUGAGCUGUGGACUUAAGGUGCUUGCAUCGGAAAUGGCUUGCAACGGUAUCGAGACUUGCCGCAGGGCUUGCGGUGGACACGGGUACCUCCUGUCGAGUGGCCUGCCCGUUCUUCUUGGCGAUGUCCUUCAAAUGGUGACUGCUGAAGGCGAGAAUUUCGUCCUUUGCCAGCAGACGGCGCGUGCGUUGCUUAAGAUCCAUGGGCAAUUUCAAUCGAGCGGACGACUUCCUACGGCAAUGCAGUUCAUCGCGAACAUCGGGAAGCUCUCUCACGCUCAACCUCGGAGCAAAGUCCAGUGGCUCGAGCUCGAAACGUAUCUCGACGUUUUCCAGCAGCGCUUUUUGCAUUCUCUGCGUGGACUUGUGAACAAGGUUUCGUCGGACUCGUCCAUCGCCGCGGGCAUCCAGAACAACUCGAUGCACUGCUACAAACUGUCGUACGCGUACACCUACCUCGUCUUGGUAAACAACUUUGUGCUGGCUGUUCGCUCUGCAUCACCCGAGAUCCAACCAGUACUUCAGUUUCUGUGCAAGCUCUUUGCACUCACACAGCUCGAAGCCACUGCCGGAGAGUUCAUGGAGAGCGGAUGUGUAUUCCCUAGUGAAAUGGCGAUCAUCCGAGCCAACAUCGAGGAGCUACUCAAGCUUAUCCGUCCGCACGCUGUGACGCUAGUAGAUGGCUUUAAUUUCUCGGACCAUACGCUGAAUUCGACGUUGGGUCGCUUCGAUGGGAACGUGUACGAGGCUUUGUACGAAUCAGCACAGCACGAUCCUCUCAACCACUCGUCGGACAAGGUGGCCUUGCACGAGUUGCUACGUCCUAUCCGCGACGAGAUUGCUCGUGGAAAGUCGCGUCUUUAG